CUCGCCGGUUGUGGUGAGAUGAUUCGCUGCUUGCUUGGGUUGCUUGCCACUAUUGCAGUGGUGAAGGGCGAAGUUCUGAACCCAAAAGAAGAAGGUCUUCAUGUAUACCACCUCCUUGGCCCUCCGACGCCAGGCUGCACACCUCAAGCGCAACACUGCAGCUUGUAUCCCGGUACGUAGCAGGAGACAGCGCACUUUUUACUCUCCUCAUUGAUCAUGGACAGAGGACGCCACCGUGGCUGUCUCGUCCAAUGUCUCAACGUCCUCACUGCAGCCUCAAGAUAGGUUUGCUUUGCUGGAGCAGCGGACUCGGAUCCGCAACACGGUGUAAGGGCGCGCUCACAACUCAGUGACACCUAGUCCUGCGUGUCUCCUUCCAUGUUCAAUGGUAUCAGAUGGAACAGCAUGUUCGAUGCACAGCACUUCGUCACCUACAUCGACAAGCUGAGCUUUUCACCCCUCUUGACGCCGCUUGAUGACGAAUUCAUCCUCAAGGUACGGGUGGGUACGCGUGGAGGGGGAAGGAGGGAGUCAUUAUAAGUCAGUCAGUGCAUAUACGCUGACUGACUUCUCCAGAUGAUGGAGCUCACCCGCGACUUGUCUGGCGAUCCUCGAGCCUAUUGGGCGCAAAUGGAGGAAGAGUGGGCGCAGCGCAGCAAAGAUUGGGACAUAGAAGAGAAGAAGGAGAACGAGACGCCCUUAUCCAUUCGAGCGCAACAGCUGCAGGAUUCCUGCCGUGCGUUUGUGGACCGACUCAUUCCUCUCGGCGACUCAGACCUCACCAAGAGAAUGUCGACACGCAUUCCUCGCGGUAACUCAGAGAGUGCCAAUACGCUGGGAAGCUUAAACCCUCUGUCGAGAGAAUUCAAGGAGCAGGUCGACACAGUACUCACGGUAAGGAGGAAGUAUGUCGUUAAUGGCAUUGUCCCAGGGAUGGCAUCGCGCGAAGGGCUGCAUUUCUAUGUCUUCGCGAAGACGUUGCCCAUUUUCUCUCAAGCCACCGAGAUGCAAAGGUCGUGGCGAAAGAUGGCCAAGGCGAUUGUCAACAUCUAUACUGGAAACUCGGUCAACGGUGCCAUGUAUAGCGAGGUGAGAAAGGAGGAUUGAAUGGUUGCAGGCGCACUUGUUUUUGCCUCACUACAAUCUCUCACCUGCCUCUCUCUUGAUGUCUGUUGCGCGGUGGACCGCAACGACCGUUUUCUCGACCUCUCUUGCUCCCCGCUAGUGAUCGAUCGUACGAGACACGGGUCGUUCUGCAGGCACACAAGCACCGAAAGGGAAUCGUGUGAUGGGGCCUGACUGUCUUUCCAUUGGAAUCCCCCGAAAGUACCCCGCAACGAGUGCUGCGCUUACCCCGCAACGAGUGCUGCGCUUACCCCGGAACGAGUGCUGCGCUUACCUCGCAACGAGUGCUGCGCUUACCCCCGAACGAGUGUUGCGCUUACCCCGAUCUUCAUCUACCUGUGAUGUGUGGUCAUCCCCGUUGCCCGUGUGUGACUGUAGUGUGCUG